AUGGUAUAUUUUCUGCUCAUCAUUUUAUCAAUUCUGGUAGUGUUUGCAUUUGUUCUUGGAAAUUUUUCCAAUGGCUUCAUAGCUCUAGUAAAUGUCAUUGACUGGGUUAACACACGAAAGAUCUCCUCAGCUGACCAAAUCCUCACUGCUCUGGUGGUCUCCAGAAUUGGUUUACUCUGGGUCAUAUUAUUUCAUUGGUAUGCAAAUGUGUUUAAUUCAGCUUUAUAUAGUUCAGAAGUAGGAGCUGUUGCUUCUAAUAUCUCGGCAAUAAUCAACCAUUUCAGCAUCUGGCUUGCUGCUAGCCUCAGCAUAUUUUAUUUGCUCAAGAUUGCCAAUUUCUCCAACCUUAUUUUUCUCCACCUAAAGAAGAGAAUUAGGAGUGUUGUUCUGGUGAUACUGUUGGGUCCCUUGGUAUUUUUGAUUUGUAAUCUUGCUGUGAUAACCAUGGAUGAGAGAGUGUGGACAAAAGAAUAUGAAGGAAAUGUGACUUGGAAGAUCAAAUUGAGGAAUGCAAUACACCUUUCAGACUUGACUGUAAGCACACUAGCAAACCUCAUACCCUUCAUUCUGACCCUAAUAUGUUUUCUGCUGUUAAUCUGUUCUCUGCAUAAACAUCUCAAGAAGAUGCAGCUCCAUGGCAAAGGAUCUCAAGAUCUCAGCACCAAGGUCCACAUAAAAGCUUUGCAAACUGUGAUCUCCUUCCUCAUGUUAUAUGCCAUUUACUUUCUGUAUCUAAUCACAUUAACCUGGAAUCUUUGGACACAGCAGAACAAACUUGUAUUCCUGCUUUGCCAAACUCUUGGAAUCAUGUAUCCUUCAUUCCACUCAUUCUUCCUGAUUAUGGGAAGCAGGAAACUAAAACAGACGUUUCUUUCAGUUUUAUGUCAGGUCACAUGCUUAGUGAAAGGACAGCAACCCUCAACUCCAUAG